AUGGAUCACAGAAAUCGCGUCACUAUUAAACGAUUAAGAGAUCAUGAACUGGCCGGUUGCACGAAAUUAACUAAAGUGAAACUAGAAGACAAAACAAUAGUGGCUCUUAAGAACACUCCGGCCGGAAAUACGCGAAUUCGCCCGAGCGCACGCGAGAGCUUCCGAAAAUUGCCUCUAGGGGGCGACGCAGGAAGAUGUAAUGAUGUUUGUCAAAUGGAAAAUGAGAUAGCGAAAUGUCGAGAUGGGCAGAAUUCGCGACCUUUUUCGCUGAUGCCGGCACCCCCAUCGAGUGGCAUCGUGUUUAAUAGCGACUUUUUGUGGCUUUAA